AUGGCAUCAGAAAUUGUUGAUUAUGAGACAAAGAGAUAUCUCCAGGAAUUGGAGUCAUUUGGUUUACCACCACCAUUACAACCUCUUUGUACAAUCAACAAUGAAGAAUAUACCAAUUUACGGAAGAUGAAUGAUAUUACAGAAAAAUUAAAUAAAUUAAAUCUUGACAAACAAAAGAAAUUAAAACAUGAAAAAAAGAAUGGAGAUGAUAAAAAAAAUAUUAUAAUUAACAAUAAUAAUGAUAAAAAUAAUGCCAACAAUAAUUUUUUAAAAUUUAAUAAUAAUGCUUUAAAUUUAAAAAAUGAAAAAAAUGUAACAUAUAAUCCAAUUAGUAAUAACAGGAAAGACGAGAAAAUUCAGUUAGAUAGAAAUAAGAUAAUAUUAUCGAAACCGGUUAAUGAAAAUAGUAUGAGUUAUAAGUUUAGUGAAGAAGAUAAGAAAGAAAUUAUUGACAAAGAAGUUUCCAGGAAAUUAAGAGAAAGUAUAUUAAAAAAAAACAGGCCUCUAAACAAUACUUUAUCAUCACAAAAUCAAACAGUUGAAGACGCCAAGGAAUAUCUUAAAGCACAUAAAGAUGUUUUUGAAAAUGUUAAUGAUAUUAGAGGAAGGACACCCUCACCAUCAUAUUUUGAUCAUCAAUCAACAUAUUCAAAUAUCACUAAACCAUAUCGAAGUUUUGAUAAAAGUGAUAUAAUAUCAAGAAAUAUUUAUUCACCAACAAAUAAAUAUACUACUUAUAAUAAUAUUCCAUCACCCUCAUCUAGUAGUAUAAUAAGUAGUAUUGAUAAUGAAAGAUGGUCAAAUAAUUCUUUACAUAAUUCUUCAACAGAUUCCUCAUCUAUAACAAUCCCCAAAAAUAAUAAAACAUUAUAUACAAAGAAAUAUAAUCCAAAAGAUUAUAAUAAUAUUAUAAAUAAUCAUGAUAACAUUUAUUCUUCAAUUGCUGACAACAGAAAAGAUAAUACAAUAAUAAAAACAAUCUUAAAUGAUGGAAAGAAAAAAAUUAUUAAUAAUGAUGGAAAAAUAAAUAAAAAAGUUGAAUUUAAUUUAACACCAAAUAUGAAAAUAUAUAAUACAUCUGAGGUUAAAAAAUUACCAAGAUAUACAGUAUCACCAAUAAAAAAAGAAACAAGUUAUAUUAUAGGAGUAUGUUCAAAAUGUUCCCUUAAUCUUUAUAAUACAGAUUCAAUAACAUAUGCAUUAGAAAAAACAUAUCAUGAAAAUUGUUUUAGAUGUAUCACAUGUCGACAACCAUUGAAAGGAAAAAAAUUUUUUCAUAUUAAUGGAAAAAUUUAUUGUGAAAAAGAUUAUAUAAUUCAUGGAAUAAAGGAUAAUACUGAAAAAUGUUAUGAAUGUAAAAAUAAUAUUGUUGAUGUUAUUUUAACAGCACUUGGAAGAACAUAUCAUCCACAAUGUUUUAGAUGUAAAGAAUGUAGAAAAAUGUUAGAUGGUUCACCUUUUACUGUUGAUAAAAAUGGUUAUAUAUUUUGUAGUGAAGAUUAUCAUAAAAUUUAUUCACCAAAAUGUUCACGUUGUGGUAAAGCAAUUUAUAAUGAUAAUGAGAUAACAGAAGUCAUUCGUAUUACAUCAUUAAAAAAAGAUUUUCAUGUUAAUUGUUAUGUAUGUGAAGGUUGUGGUGUUAAUUUAAAAAAUAAUUGUGAUAAAAAAUGUUAUCCUUUGGAUGGAGUAAUACUUUGUAAAUCAUGUAAUAUUUUAUGGACCAGAACUGGUGGUAGUAAAAAUCCAAUUACUAAUUUGUAA